AUGCAACCAGAAGACAAAAGCAGCGAGGCUGCCAGCAAUCCCAAGCAGCCAGGCCUCCGUUCAGAAAAUACUCCGUAUGAUCCUCACGUGCAAGUAGCCAAUGCAUCUUUGAGCUCCAAUUUCACCACCCGCCUAGCCAUCUUCUCAACCAGGAUCCCUGACUUCUAUAUCGCUCCUAUAUGCGGUGCCAGUGCUGGUGUUGCUUCUGGUAUCGUGACAUGCCCUCUCGAUGUGAUCAAAACCAAGUUACAAGCCCAAGGCGGCUUUGCCAGACGGGGAGGUGGUCCUGUCGACGCCAAGGUACUAUAUCGAGGAAUGUUCGGCACUGGAAGAAUGAUCUGGAGGGAAGCUGGUAUUCGGGGUCUUUACCAGGGACUGGGUCCAAUGCUGUUAGGAUACCUUCCUACAUGGGCAGUCUAUCUAGCAAUAUAUGACCGGUCUCGCAAAUACUUCUACGAAAAAACAGAUAGCUGGUGGUUAUCUCGAGGCUAUGCCUCAAUAAGCGCCGGUGCUUGUUCGACAAUUGUGACGAACCCUAUCUGGGUCAUCAAAACAAGACUCAUGUCACAGAGCCUUAAGCAGAACAAUGAAGGCUUCCGAGCACCCUGGCAAUACAAGGGCACAUUGGACGCUGCCCGCAAGAUGUAUCAAAUUGAAGGCCUUCGUUCAUUUUAUUCCGGCCUUACUCCGGCUCUGCUGGGUCUCACUCACGUGGCCAUUCAAUUUCCUCUCUAUGAGUACCUAAAGACGGCAUUCACCGGCUAUGGCAUAGGAGAAACUCCCGAAGAUGGUACCACUCAUUGGGCCAGUAUCUCAUGUGCCACAUUUAUAAGCAAGGUCUGUGCAAGCACAGUAACCUAUCCCCACGAAGUUCUUAGAACACGACUGCAAACUCAACAACGCACAAUUCCUGCUCAGUCACCAGAAGAAAUCUCUUUCCGUGGGGGUCUCAAUCAUCCCCAUGACCGUGGUCGGCCACGGUUCGCAUCGUCAUCCGAUGGGAUGCCCAGUCGCCCCCGAUAUAGUGGACUUGUGCGCACUUUUCAGACCAUUUUACAUGAAGAAGGCUGGCGUGCUUUCUACUCUGGAAUUGGAACCAAUCUGUUCCGGGCCAUCCCAGCUGCUAUGACGACUAUGCUUACAUAUGAAUAUCUGCGGCAGUUUUUCCACAACCUCCAGCAUGAGGGUGAGUUAAAGCUUCAUGCAGAAGAUCAGACUGCAGGAAUCUCUAGCAUCUGA